AUGGCAGAGUCGACGAUAACUGAGGCCUCGCUGCGUGGUGCCAUCACCGAGAGAUUGAACGCUGUUCAUGUCGAGGUCACAGACAUGUCUGGUGGCUGCGGCCAAUCCUUUACCUCGCUCAUCGUAUCACCCCAAUUCGCCGGUCUGAACUCGCUGAAGCGGCACCGGGCCGUCAAUGCCGCCCUCAAGCAGGAGAUUGCCGCCAUACAUGCCUGGAGCGCCAAGUGCCAGACGCCCGAGGAGUGGGAAAAGGACAGGGCAAAGAACGGCACAGAGGCAAAGCCGCCCAUGGACGGCACAAUCGGUGGACAGGUACAGGGCACGAAUGCAUAA